AUUGUUUUACAGCGCAUGCGCAAAAAGAGAAAACAUGUAGAGCGCCGACCGCAGAACCAUGAACAGAUUGAACUUCCGGGAACUCUCGAAAGCCGCGAAACUCUAUGGCAGCCUUUCUCAACCUUGGGCCGUUCGUACCCGCCAUCAAACGUUGUUGGACUACAACUCCCGUCAUCCCUUGCUAACAGAAUUGGUUCCCUCUGCUAUGCAUGCCGGGAACCGGUGCCUCGCCCUCAGGCGCUAGAGGAGGGCGUGCUGGGACAUGUAGUCCAGCUCUCUCGCCAAGUGGCUUGGCGGAAACGCCGCCAAAGAGAAGGACGACUCGGUUUCCCAGCGCCCUCAGCGCGGCUGAUCCUGACAGGCGCGUUUUCGCGCCGCGAAGGCGGAGGGCUGGUCAAGAUGGCGGCGGCCGCGCUGCUGCUGGUCUUCCCGUCUCCUUUGCCUCGGAUCCAAGGCUUCCUCCGAAGCUGCUGGUCCCAGCUGGGCUGCCGCAGCCCGCCCGGGGCUCCUGCUUUAGCAAUUCAGGGUCCAGCUUUUUUGCCUGAACCUACAGAAGAGAAUGCUGAAAGUAAGGAGACUCCAAGCUUUCUAGACAGCAUAUUUUGGAUGGCAGCCCCAAAAUCAAGGCGGACCAUUGAAGUAAAUCGCUGCAGGCGAAGGAAUCCUAGGAACCUUAUAAAAAUAAAGCGAAACAUUGACGUCUGUCCUCAGUGUGGCAACCUGAAACUGAAGCAUAUUCUUUGUGGCUAUUGUUAUGCAAAGGUUAAACGGGAGACAGUUGCCAUAAGGAAAGAAAUAUGGGCACAGGAGGGAGGACCACAUAAGGCUCCACCUGUAGAGACUGUUGUACUGUAUGAGGGAGAGAAAGCUAGAGAUGAAGAUGAAGGCAAGCGGAUCAUAGAACGAACAAGGAAGCGCCCAUCUUGGUUCACACAGGACUGAUUAUGUAGCACAGUGGAAUCUUUGGUCGCAAAAUCCUUGAUCUCGCAGAAUAAAAAUAGCUGAAAAAAAUGCUACUGAUAACACUUAUCCACAGAAAGGGUAAAUUUAAAUUGUAUUUUUUAAUUUGCCAUUGUAGUACAGCAUCACUGCUGUACUUUAAAUGUUAGCUGGAUGGCUAAUUUAGCUAAUGUAAACUUAGCUGAUUUUGUUAUUGUAUUAAAGUUGGUUAAGCAAAGUCAAUCAUUUGCAGGAGCAGAUUCUUACGGCAUCUAUUUGGUCAUAUUACACUGUACUGUGCAUUGGGGGGGAAACCAUGGAUUUAAACUGUAUUUGUAAAUGAAAUAAAGCAUAUUCAGCAUUAUAAUAAAUACUGUGCGUGGUUCCAUUUGAAA